AUUCUUAACAUUAUGUUUAAAACGACAUUUGCACAAUAAUUUAAUCCUAUAGAUUUCUUCUUUUUUUUUUAAAAUUUUAAUAGAACAAUUGGAUGGAAUCCUAAUUAGAACUCCAAUAGGAUAUUACAUUCUAACUUCUAAUCUUUACAAUGAUUCUAAACAAACAAAUGCAGUAAGGAAGAAUUUCUUUAAUCCAUAAACGCCACUUCAGAGUCGCUUUAACAAAUCUGUGAAGUGAUGCUCUGUAUUUAGAAGCAAAUUGGAUUACACGUUGAAGAUGAUGCGAUUUCUCAUCGGAAACAUGCAGGAAAAUAACGAACAUUGGAGGCACCGGGUGUCCGUUUGAAAUGUUUGUCAUUUUUAUGAUUUCCAUUGUGAAGUUUCUUUUGUCCUAUCGCGGAAAAGAUGAUAUAGAAACUGAUCAAUAAAGUGGAUUAUUAUGGACUGAAGUUCUAAGACUGCGUAAAAUUGCUCAAACUCUGACCAACAUUACAACCAACGGAUUGCCUUCGACGCAGUGUGUUACGAAGAGUAUGCGUUUAGUAGCGGUAAUUGUUUUUGGAAUUUUUUGUCAUUCUGUGGAUUGUAUAGAAACCGUCCCAUACCAACACGGAUUCCCUAUAGGUGCCAUAUUUGAUUGGAAUGAUGUCUAUGCCAAGACAGGGUUCUACUACGCCAUGAACAAGAUACUUCGGCAGAAGGAAAAUCAGUUUAAUUUCUCUACAAUCAUAGAGGAUGUCUCCAUAAACGACAGCUUCCAACUAGUCCAAAAAAUUUGUGAUCACUUGUCAAAUGGAGUCUUCGCUUUAGUGGGAUCUAAGUCUUACAUUUCUCGCGAGGUCAUGGACUCCUACACACGUGUAUUCCACAUGCCUUACCUAAGCCCAAGCAUAGACCACCACCCUCAUCACAGCAAGCAAUUCUCUAUCUUCAUGAAGCCAGAUGUGACCAGGGCUAUCGCUUCCGUUAUUAACCAUUUAAAAUGGACUAAAUUUCACUACAUUUACGACACUGAUUCCGGCUUGUCUCGACUUAUGGAACUGAAGUUGCUUUUAAAAGAUCAAGAUCGAAAGAGCACAGUAGCGAGUUCCCGGCGCCUCCUGAGCCUACAAGAGGCCCAUAGAGACCUCAGAAUGCUGGACAAACUACACGGACCUUUAACCAAUACGCAUCCAAUUAAUAUAGUAUUUGAUUUGUCAAAUGAAACUGCCUACGAUACCAUAUUAAAUCAGAUACGAAACGUUGGAAUGAAUAAAAACGGAUAUUCAUAUUUACUCGGCAGUUUGGAUAUAGUCAACCAUGAUUUAGACCGAUUUUCACAUGGUGGGGUAAACAUCACAGGUUUCCAGCUAGUUGACCAUCAAUCUGAUAUUGUCCAAAACUUUUUAGAAGAAUGGAGACAGUUACCACGCUCCAUUUGGGAAGGAGCAGGGGAAACGGUCAGGGUUGAAUCCGCUCUCAUGGUGGACACUUUAAACCUGUUACGGGAAACUAUUCAAACGAUGAUAAAGAACAAUUCCGAGGUCUUCCGAUCAACAUUUAGGAGAGCUAAAGUAUACAACUAUGACUUAACGAAGGGUAUACCGUGCACUGGUAGUAAGCCUUGGAUGCAUGGACUAAAUAUCAUGAAUAAUCUACGAGAGAUUUCCAUCCACGGUUUGACAGGAGAAAUACAUAUUGAUGAAAAUGGACACAGAUAUAAUUAUUCCAUCGGCGUCUAUGAAGUGGGAUUUAAGAUAAACCCAAGAAAAAUAGGCAGAUGGGUUGACAAAGUGGGCUUUGUUCCGGAAGGGACUAAUGACAACCAUACGAACGAUGAGGAUUUAAAAACUUUAAUCGUUACAAGCAUUUUUGAGAGACCAUUUCUUCAAUAUAAGAAAGAAUAUGAAAAAGAGGAAAAUAGACGAAAAGUGAAGAACAAAAACGACCUGUACGAGGGUUACUGUGUUGAUCUUAUCGCUGCCGUAUCGGAUCUAUGUGGAGGAUUCCAGUAUACUAUAGUACCUAACAAAGACUCUGUGUAUGGUGCCAAAGAAAACGGAACAUGGACUGGUAUGAUUGGAGAACUAGUUGAUGGGAAGGCGGAUCUAGCUGUUGCCCCACUGACAAUUACAAAACAAAGAGAGGAGGAUGUGGCUUUUUCUAAACCCUUUAUGAACAGUGGAAUAAGUAUUAUGAUUAAGAAACCAGAGAUUCAAAAACCCGGCGUUUUUUCUUUUUUAAAACCAUUUUCUAUAUACCUUUGGAUGUGUAUAAUCGGAGGAUAUUUUUGUGUUAGUUUUGGAAUGUUUAUCGUUAGUCGCUUUAGUCCAGCGGAAUGGAGACGAAAGUGUUUGCGAAUGGAUAAUGGCGUCGUCAAUAAGUUCACACUGGAGAGUUCUCUGUGGUUUACCAUGGGGGCAUUAAUGCUACAAGGUAGCGAUACCUGUCCAAGAUCUGUGGCUGGUCGUAUAAUAGGUGGAACCUGGUGGUUUGCUGUUUUAAUUGUGAUCUCGUCCUACACUGCAAAUUUAGCGGCAUUUCUCACGAUAGACAAAUUGUUAACUCCGAUAGAGAACGCAGACGACCUAGCAGCACAGACAGAAAUAUCGUACGGCACAUUGGAGUCCGGCUCUACACAGUCAUUUUUCAAGGAAUCCAAAGUUCCAACAUAUCAAAAGAUGUGGGCGUAUAUGUCCACUGCGUAUCCAAGUGUGUUUGUCAAGACGACAGAAGAAGGUGUUCGCAAAGUGAGAAAUAUGAAAGGAAAGUAUGCCGUUCUUCUGGAAUCAGUCUACAAUGAAUAUUUUAGUCAAAGAGAACCCUGUGACGUCAUGCAAGUGGGUUCACCACUCAAUACCAAAGGAUAUGGCAUCGCUACUCCGAAGACUUCAAAACAUCAGGAUCUAUCGGAAAUGGUUUCUAUAGCAAUACUUGAACUGACAGAAAAUGGAUCAUUGAUUAAAAUGAAGAGGCGAUGGUGGAUUGAGAAAGGGGAAUGUGGAGUCCAGGAGGAAAGUAAGGGUAGCAAGAAGAAGAAAUCGCUGUCACUCAGUAAUCUGGCCGGAGUUUUCUUCAUUCUCAUAAGCGGCCUAGUGUUUUCCAUUAUUCUAGCUGUUGCUUAUUUUCAGCGCUCUAGAUCCAACAAUAAACAAGGGGGAUUUCUUAUGCUUGGGGGUGACGUGUCAAAUACAUACUCAGACUAUUCUGGAUAUCCAGUAGAAGAACGGAGCAAUGGAAUGAGUCCAAAAGUGCCUAAAGGGAUUUUAUCCAACACGGAGAAAUUAGAAACGGGUGAGGAAUCCAAUCCCAGAAUGAAUCACAUCCACACCACAAGUCUUCUUUGAUCAAAUUGAUUUGAGUUUUACACACUGGGAAUUAUACAUGCACAAUUUACUUAGUUUAACAAUCUCAUGAAGAAAUGUAUAUGAUCACCUUUUUCAGCAAUUUCAUAAAUUAUAUCA